UCUUCCUCGCGUUGCACGCCGGGAGCUCCAGUCACCUCUCUCCGUUAUGGCGGCCCGUGUCCUGACGCAGUGUCUCCGCUCGCUUUCCCGGCCCUCGCUGCGGCUCUGCUCCGGCAGCCCGGCGGUCCGAGCCGCUGUCGGCCCCGCGGCGGCCCUUCACCGACCCGUCUCCUUCGCCGCCGGCAGCCGGAGGACGCGGUGGCUCGGCCAGAGCCCGGUCUCCUCAGUGGGCGUCCUGUGCCGACAGUAUGGCGACCUGCCCCCCCUCACCUUAGAGACCAUCAAAGGCCGCGUCAUGUACGUGCUGAAGCUCUACGACAAGAUCAACCCAGAGAGGCUGGUGACGUCCUCCCACUUCAUGAAAGACCUGGGUCUGGACAGCUUGGACCAGGUGGAGAUCAUCAUGGCCAUGGAGGACGAGUUCGGCUUUGAAAUCCCAGAUGCAGAGGCAGAGAAGUUGAUGACUCCUGAGGAGAUUGUCCAGUACAUCGCAGACAAGAAGGAUGUUUAUGAAUAAUCUGUUCCUAUUGGUCACUACAGAGAGCUUGACCCCAACAUGAUCCACGCAGGAAGUUCUUGUGAAGCAGACGGACGCCACAACAUUUCCCACUUCCUCCCUCGUCCGCUCUUCUGUCUGUUGCAGGCAUCGUUGGCGUCAGCUGCCGUGUCUCGUGUUUAACUGUAUUUAAUGAACAUGUGCUUUAGGAGAGAAAACAAAAAAUAAUACACAAGGUUAUCAGUUUGGAUGGUAUCUGUUUUUUUUGCUCGUUCAGCUCCACCCUGUGGUUCCGAUGUAUAAUUUCUCAUGAAUAGAUCAAUAAAGACACAUGAGGUGUA